AUGGCGAAUCCACGACAGCGCCGCAAAGCGCGCUCCUCCUCGACGCUGAAACCUUCGAUCAACGCCAAGAAGCAGAUGCGCAAGAGGCUCGCGCGGGCUCCCACCGUACACGGCGCCGACGUGCUCAAGGACAACUACGAUCCCAAGCUUACGCUCCGACAGAAUUAUGCGCGGUUGGGUCUAGUGCCUAGCUUGGAUGUUAGGCCUGAUACUGGUGGAGUGGAACGCGCGCCUGCUGCCCCCAGCGCAAGUCGGGAGGCGGAGGGCGAGAAACCACGGAAAGGCAUGGCCAAGGUCGUCCGAGACGAGCAGGGGAACAUCGUUGAUAUCGUGGAAGCAGAUGCUGAGGAAGAGGGCGAGACCGCAUGGGGAAAGCCCUUGACGAGUGUCGCAGAUGACGAGGUCGAGACAUACAUGCCAACUAGUGGCGCGAAGAAGGGCGAGAACAAGGUGCUGGCCAGCCUGGAGGAUAUGGCCGCCCAAGCUGCCCCGGUUGAGAGACAUACGAGCUCCCUCGAGGCCCAGUGGUUGCAGGACCUGGUGGCAAAGUACGGGGAGGACACGGAGAGCAUGGCAAGGGAUAGGAAGCUCAAUGUGUGGCAGAAAACCCAGGGCGAGAUCAAGAGGGCUAUCAAGAAGGCUGGUGGGUUCGCGGCGUUUCGCUCCCAAUGA